GUGGACCUCUUAACCCCGUGAAACCUUCUAUCGGGGUGGGAGGCGGAAUAGAGCAAUGCCUGCCGAGAAAGUGGUUGUAAACUAUUUUGGCCGUCUUAGGGGACAGGGGCAGACAUACACUCUUCACAAUCGAUCCUCCUGCGCUAUGUGCAAUGAAUAUGAGUGGACGUUGAUGGGCCUAUGCUCAGCUUGGUAUAAACCUUCAACCCGGUAGACAAAAAUUCACUCGUGUUUACCUUUGAGCUUUCUCGGUGUUGACACAGAUCACUAACUAGUUUCUGUGAUAGUACUUGCAUCGAAAAUUCUCUGCCAGCACAGCUCGAGUCCGGGGAGCUAUAUCCCCAGGAAUAUACAUUGAUAUUUGGCAUGUCUUGAGGAAGCACGUCUCUCAGCCAAUUGACGCCAGACGCACUUGUCCAGGAGUCUUUGUGGUGGCCCUUCCAUCCAUGCACGGCGACAAGGCUAGUCUCGAUUACUCAAAGAUAUAAGA